AUGAACACGAUUGGUAUGGACAUAUUUGAGUUUGAAGGCUCCCAAUACAUUAUAAUCGUUGAUUACUAUGCUGGUUAUGUUUGGGCAUAUAAACUACAUAACAUGACUACCGGUAGUUCAACUGACAUUAGCAAGAUUGAUGAAAUAUUCUCCAAUUUUAGAUACCCAAGAGACUUUAUAUCGGACAAUGGGCCACAGCUUAUUAGCAGUGAAUUGCAAGAAUAUUGCCAGACUCAUGAGAUAAGACAUACAAUCAGUGCACCCCAUUACCAACAAGCCAAUGGACGCACAGAAAGAAAUAUAUUCACAGUCAAAAUUAUGCUCAAAAAGUUUCUUCAGAAAAGGGGGAAAAACCUGAGAGAAAUCCUAACAACAUUGAGAGACAAUCCCAUUACAGCUGAUAUUCCAUCUCCAUUUACGUCAAUGUUUCCCAACAGAAAGGUCAAGACCAAUCUCCCAUUUCUACAGUAUAGACGUGAUCAGUCUACAAAUAGUUAUAAGGAGAAGAUUGAACAGAGAGCAAAUUCUUAG